GCAGCUCCUGUGACUAAUGCAUGUCAUAUGACUGUGACACCCAUGGAGACAGUUACGAGGAUCAACGUUUGCCGUUCGAUUUGAAGAGAGAAGAGACCUUGUGCCAGAUUAAUAUUUGGUACACAAUGCCUCCGACUCUCUUUCAGAAACUUUUCAACAAGAGAAAUACAUUUUCGGCGCCUCCCCCGAGAUGCAGCAAAGAGGACCCAUCUUUCAGCUGGCCAGUCCCCCAGCUGGAGCCCAGCCAGAUCAGGUUGAUCGUGUAUCAGGACUGUGAAAGACGAGGCAGAAAUGUCCUCUUCGACUCAAAUACCAAAAAGAGGGGUACAGAGGAAACCACCGUCACUAGCAAUGAGGGCCAGGUGAAGAUGUUUGGGAAAUGCUGUCAACUCCGACCCACAGGGGGCAGCAGCAGCUCCCUGGACAGUUCAUCGUCCUGCACCUCUGACACGCGAGAACCCAAAGAGCAAGGCCUCCGCUUCCAGGGUUCACGGUGUUCGUCUGAUGUGGUUAUGCUGGGAGAAAUGAUGUUUGGCUCUGUAGCCAUGAGCUACAAAGGCUCUACCCUAAAAAUCCACCAGAUCAGAUCUCCACCUCAAUUGAUGCUGAGUAAAGUCUUCACUGCCAGAACAGGAGGCAGUGUGUAUGGAAGCCUCAACACGUUACAGGACAGUCUAGAGUUCAUCGGACACGACAGCAACACCCUCAAGCCUGAACAGAAUACAGGAGCCAACAGUCUCCUAGGGAACAUAGGAUUUUCUCAGCUGUGCAGCCCUCGACGGGCCUUCUCUGAGCAGGGCCCUCUGCGCCUCAUCAAGAGCGCAUCUUUCUUUUCAGGGCACAGUCACCCUAUGGACAUGCCGGGACGCAGGCCGUACGAUGAGCGAGACAGUGGCAUUGCCAGAUCAGCCUCCCUGAGCAGCCUGUUGAUCACCCCCUUCCCGUCUCCUGGCUCCUCCCUGACCAGCAGCUGUGCAUCAAGCUACCAGCGCCGGUGGCUCCGCAGUCAGACCACCAGCCUUGAGAAUGGUUUCUUCCCCCGAUGGUCCGUGGAGGAGAGCUUCAAUAUGUCUGACGAAAGCGGGGGGCCCAGUCUCGGCGUGGCCCGGAAGAAGAAGAUUGCCAUUGGGGUCAUCUUCAUGUUGUCCCCAAACCACGAGGAGAACAUUCGCUUCCAGGACUUCUUUUUCUCUCACUUCCCUCUCUUUGAAAGCCACAUGAACAAACUGAAGAGUGCCAUCGAGCAGGCCAUGAAGAUGAGUCGACGGUCACCUGAUGCCAGUCAGAGGGCUUUGGCCUACAGCCGAAUGGUAGACGGCCUCAAUGAGUUCAGGAUGACCAUCUGCAACCUCUACACCAUGCCUCGGGUGACUGAGCCCGUCUGGUUGACGAUGAUGUCUGGAGCAUCAGAGAAGAACCAGCUCUGUGGUCACUUUAUGAGGGAACUUUCAUUGCUAAUGGAGCAGGUCUCCAAGAACCAAUUCCUCCCUGCAUUGUUAACGGCCGUUUUGACCAAUCAUUUGGCCUGGGUGCCCACCGUCAUGCCCAAUGGGCAGCCUCCAAUCAAGAUCUUUUUAGAGAAACACUCCUCCCAGUGCGUCAACUUGCUGGCAAAGAUGCAUCCCUACAACCCACUCUGGGCACAGCUCGGUGACUUAUAUGGGGCCAUAGGGUCACCAGUGCGACUGUCUAGGACAGUGGUGGUCGGCCGCAGGCAGGAACUUGUCCAGAGACUCCUUUACGUCCUAACAUACUUUGUCCGCUGCUCCGAGCUCCUGGAGACACACAUGCUGGACAGCGCUGAGGAUGAGGCGAUCGUGAUGCCUGGCUCUCUCAUCACCACAUCCCUCCGGAAGGGAGAGGUGGAGGAGUCAGAUUAUGUCCUUGUUACUGUCCAUAAGCCCAGUGGGGACUACUUGUCCCAGGGGGUUCAUAGCCAUCAAGCUGAGGCAGAAGACAGCAACUACCCCUCAGAUAACAGCCUCCAGAGCAGCAACUACACAGACACAGAGGUGGAGCGUGAUGCAGGGGACACACCCAAGGAGGAAGAGGAGGAUGAAGAUGAGGACAGCAGUGAGAGUCAAGGGUCGAGGAGCAGUGUGCUUCAUACGGGCCACAGUGAGAUAACCAGGCAAAACACUGUUCUUGCACUCAGAACUGAAGAUUCUGCUGAGACCACAGAGCUACACAGGGAGUCCAGCAGGCUGCUAGCUACUGAGGUUCGCCUGGAGACGGUGGUGAGUGUUGGCUCAGCCUCCAACAGAGAGGAGGCCUUUGUGCUGGAUGCAGAGACCACAGUUGACCCGGAUCUUUUGGUCCCAGUCAAACCCACAGAAUUGACUUCUGGCACUCCAGAGAGUAAAAAUGCUGGAGUAGAUGCUGGUUCUGAGGUAGGAAUAACGAACCAGCCACCAAAAGUCUUGUCUCCCCAGCCUUUGUGUAUCCCUCUGGAAAGGAAACCACCAGAUAAGAACCAGACUGCAUCACUGCCGGUGCCAGGGAUGCAGGGAAACUUGAUGAUGGGGCCCAUGGCUAUCACUGUAACAGAAGACGCAGAGCCAGUAACAAAAGUGACGUUCCUCAUUGGAGACUCUAUGUCACCUGAGUCGGACACAGAGAGUCGCAGAAUGAAAGUGGAAGAGGAGAUCAAAAAGCACAAGAAACAGCUGAAGGAAAACCAAACACUUCAACAUCAGCUACUGCUACUUCAGCAUCAACAUCAUAAACCACAGUGUCAGAAAGGAGCAUAUUCAAAGACCAGCAAUAGCAAUACAUUAGAGGACCAAACCAAACACUCAAAGGAGCCUCCAGCGCUCUCCCGGGUGUCUAGUAAGAUGCCUCAGUGGUUCCCAGACUGUGGAGACGACAGGGAUUUUGAUGAGUAUUUCAGUCCGGAACACUGUGGGACGACAAGGACUAUAGAUGAUGUGGCCAAACUACAGGAGACCAGUGCCACAGACAGCAUACAUGAUACAUUGGAUCCUUCAGAAGCUCUCCGGCCUGGGGAUUUGGGAGGUCACAGCUUUCAUCGUACAGUUGGAGUUAAGGAUUUGGGACUCUGUUUAUUUUCAGGAAAUGGAGAUGAAGGGUCCAGCAUAAGUGGGGACAGAAAAGAAGACACUUUAAGGAAUAUCCAAAAGAGGUGUAGGUGUGGGUCUACAGACUCUGCAGAAAUGUGCUCCUGCAGGGGUUGUUCUGCUGAGCAGGACAGUGGUCUUUUAUCAGUUACUAUCUUUCAAGAUGGAAUCUACAAGAGCAAAGAGGACCAAAAGCACAAGGUGCUGCCCAUCAACGACUGGGACAUACCACGUAACGAGAGCUCAGACAGUGCAUUGGGGGACAGUGAGAGCGAGGAGACAGAAGAUUGGCAGGAGGAAGUGCUGAUACCCUUCCCUGGAUCAAAACUGGUGGAGAACUAUUCAAAGCCAAGCAUUGCCAAUUUUGGGCGGUCACUUUUCGGGGGCUACUGUCCCACCUAUGUGCCAGAUUUUGUACUGCAUGGGAUGCCUGGCGACGAGAAAUUACGUCAGUGCCUCAUGGCUGAUUUAACCCAUGCUGUUCAGCAUCCAGUGCUGGAUGAGCCCAUAGCGGAGGCUGUCUGCAUUAUAGCAGACACAGAUAAGUGGACGGUGCAGGUGGCCAGCAGCCAGAGACGAGCCACAGACAUCAACAAGCUGGGGAAGGAAGUCCUAGUGUCCAGUCUGGUUUCCAGUUUGUUGCAGUCCACCCACCAGCUCUACAAACUCAACCUUUCUCCCAAUUUUUGUAUAAUGCACCUUGAGGACCGCCUGCAGGAGAUUUACUUUAAGAGUAAGAUGCUUGCUGAGUAUUUGAAGGGCCAGACAAGAGUCCAUGUGAAAGAACUCGGGAUGGUUUUAGGAAUUGAGUCCAGUGAUCUUCCCCUGCUGGCUGCGGUGGCCAGCACUCACUCCCCCUAUGUGGCACAAAUCCUCCUAUGAAGCUGCCCGUGGCUCGGCGCUCCUGCACAGCAGCUGUCCGAGGAAACUCGUCUGACCAGCGGUAGUGUUGUUUGCCCCGAAGUGGCCGUGUACGUGCUUUGACACGUGUGCCCAGGCUAAGUGUGGACUUUGCACUGAGCCUUUGGAGAGCUGGUCUUUCUGGACCACGGCCACUGCCGGUGCUCCCCUUCCUGCUGCUGCUUUGUUUGGUGCAUUGCUAACUUAGCACCACAGGGGGAGUUAGAGACCACAGUACCACUGAUGAUGAGCGGCUCUACGAGUGACUGAAGCAUCCUUAAUUUAUGUUCUGUUUUUGAAUGUUUGUAAGACUGGACCCCCACCCCACCCACCCACUCAGACACAAAAACCAAAGACUAUGGCAUAACAGCAAAUUUUUCUGGGGUCUUCUAAUGUUUUUUUCUCUCUCUCUCUGUCUCUCCCUCUCUCUUUUCUUGUACAAUCUUAAACCCAGUCAUACAAAUUAACAGAGUAGCUGUCUGAGAGGGACUUUUUUUUAACCUUUCGGAAAAGUAUCACUGAGAAUAUAAUGCUAAUGAUAUUUGUCUUCACAUAUUUGUUUACAUGCUAGAUUUCCCUGUUAUGAGCAUUUGGUGUGUUAAUGGCAGGUUUCAUUUUGUUUUUGAUUUGUCAAAUUGCAGUGCAUUUCUGGCUUUUCAGCCUGAAUCGGUGCACAUCCUGGUUCUGUGUCGGUACAAGCAGGAUUUUAAAUGGUUAAGGUGGCUAUGAUCUUCUUAUCCAUGGUACAGCGCUGCCUCUGUGCUUCAUAUGGGCAGUAAUUAAUUCACGCUGUCAUACUUUUCGCGUAGACUACCCUAAGGUACAGUAGUGUUCAGAAUAAUAGUAGUGCUAUGUGACUAAAAAGAUUAAUCCAGGUUUUGAGUAUAUUUCUUAAUGUUACAUGGGAAACAAGGUACCAGUAGAUUCUCACAAA